ACUGUCAAAACAAAGAAAAGCGAGAGCGAGAGAGAGAGAAGAGAAAUCCCCAAAUUCCGAAUUGCGGCAGCGGCGGCGGCGGCGGCGACUCGUCGGCGAAGCGGAAAAUGCCCCAGUAUUCCAGUUGGUGAAAGAAAGGAAUGUUUGGAGUUACUACUAGUGAUGGGAGUAGGAGACGUUUACCGCAAUGGAUGCUGGGCGGGUCAUCUGCCGGCCAGGAGAGGAAGUCCGGCAAUGUUGAAGAAAAGGGCGACCGGCUUGAUGAAGGACUUGCUUCUCAAGAAGCAGAGACUGUGACUGCAAAACCUGGUAAAGGGAUCCAGCAUCGUAAAAAGGAAACACUGGGAGAAGGCUUGCAUGUUCUUCAAAAGUGUGAGGCAAAGAAAAGAAAGAGAAAAUUGACUGAACAAGAUGAAGACUUGGAAGGUAACGACCCGGAGGCUGUUCUUGAGAAGAAAUGUAGUGGGCGUGGGAGGAGAAAAGUUAACGAGUCUGUUGCUCCGGAUAGGGAAAAGGCAAAGGCUCCUGGAAAAGGGUUCCAUGAGAAGGAACCAUUUGGGGAGAGCUCACACAUUCUUGCAAAAUGUGAGACAAAAAGGAAUAGAAGUAAAACAAAUGAACAAGAUACAGAGUUUGAUGGCAAUGUCCUUGCAAGUCUUCCAGAGAAGAUUGGACGCGAGAGAAGAAAACGUCUAGAACCAGCUGUCCUGAAGAGACACGAAGCAAAGGAUUCUAGCUGUGGAAGUGGUGAGGAACUAGAAGUCCAAACUUCGAGUGAUGAUGAUGUUGAACUGACAGCAGAAGAUUUAGUGAUGAUUGCUGAAGAGUACAUAAAAGCUGAUCGGAAAUUAGAGCCAGAAAAAGCAUCAAAUCGAGAAUGUGAAUCAGGCAGCAGACUUGCACUAAGUGUCGCUUCCAGUAAUAAGUUAGACGAUUCUAUGGACUCCCAGAACUGUAAUGAAAGAUCACUGAUCCAAGAUGCUACCAGUUCUAUGCCUAACGGGAGUUUGGCUAGUGAAAAAAAUGUCUUUAACUCCAGUGGAACAGGGGAUCCAGCUCAGGACAUGCUGGAUCUGUUCUUAGGGCCCUGGCUGAAGAAACCUGUCGAGAAGGAAGCAAAGACUGACAUUCUGACAGACAAUCUGGCAUUCUCCUACGAACUUGAAUCAAAAACUCGUAGUAAUGUCGUUAAAGAAGAAACUGCCCCCAUAACGAAGAAGAAAACCAGUCUGAAAGACAAGGUGGCAAUGUUACUUGACUGAAUCAGAUGUUUUUGAUCUGUUACAGAACAUCUACAGUACAGUGAACUGUAUAGCUUUUGUUCCUUACAAGACAUUGAAGAUAGAUCACAUGCAUCUAUUGGUCAUCUGGGCAGAUUUAUCAUCGCGCCGCAGAUGUAGGGACUAGAAAUUUCUACUGUCAAACUUGGUUUGCCAGUACAAACCGUAGGAUUUGGUGAUAGGGUGUACAUUGACAGUAGUAUCAACUGCCCACAAGUUGGUCAAGUAUUCUUUUUUGUAAAUCUUUCUGAUUGGGAUUUCAGUUUGAUCUGUAAUAUAGUCAUUCGAUUUCUCUGA